CCUCGUUUCUCCUCCAGCACCCACAGCAAAUGGUUCACAUCUAUCCGUUGGCGCUCUUGGGAAUGAGAAGACUAUUCUUUUCUCACUAAAUCACGGAUUGAAGGCAGGGUGUCCAGGAGAAGAACAUCGUUCGCCAGGACGUUAUUGUAAUUGGAGCUGCAGUUUGAGCGGCUGACUCGCGAGCUGGAGGCGGAGAGGCAGAUCGUGGCCACACAACUGGAGAGAUGCAAACUGGGAACUGAGACCGCAGGCAUGAGCAACAUCAGUUCAUCAGAUGAGCAGUAUCGCUGGAACACAGAAGAUGGGCAGGAAGACAUCGAGGAAGAGCUGAGCACGGGCCUGGAGCUGGUCGACUCGUGCAUCAGGUCUCUCCAGGAGUCGGGGAUUCUCGACCACCAGGAAUAUACCAGCGGCGAAAGCGCAGGACCGAGCCUCCUCUCCCAGAGCUCGCUCCAGCUCAACGCCACUCCGGACGCCGCCGCGCUCCACUUCUCUGCAGGCUACCAUAGUAACCAGACCCUCGCCCUGAGCAGCGACACCUCGGCGGCAGCGACUGCCUCAGCAUCAGGACCGACUCCAGAUCAGCAGCAGCAGCAGCAUCAGCCGCCACAGAGGCAGCCACCAGUCCCGCCGAUUCGCAGCGUGCAGGUUGGAGGAGCCGUUCACAGCUACAACCAGGUCACGUCCAACCGCGCCGCCCAGCUCGCCGCCGCCGCCGGCGACUCGUCCCAGGCCCGCGAGUCGGCGUCCCCGAGCCAUGGCAGCGCGUUCCACCUGCCCGAGUCCCAGCAGCCGUCGGUGGGCCUGUACUACUCCAGCAGCACCCUGCCGGCCGGGCGCGUGAGCUCGCCGCUCUCCAUGCAGGCCGUGGGCUCGUCGUCCGCCUCGCCCACCAAGCUCCAGCUGCAGCAGCAGCGCCUGGGCGCCGCCUCGUCGGACGCGCCCAGCUACGCCACCAUCCAGCGGGCGCCGCCCUCCUCGUCCUCCUCGUCCUCCUCGCCCAAGCAGUCGCCGGCGCGCCUGGCCAAGUCCUACAGCUCCAGCUCGCCCAUCAACGCCGGGCACCACCACGCGUCCGCCUCCUCCUCGCCGCUGCGCGUGGCCUCGCCGCCCAACAGCGUGGGAGGAGCGGGCGGAGGAGGAGGAGGAGGAGGAGGAGGAGGAGGGGGGUCCUCGUCCUCGCCCAUCCACCAGCUGAGCGCGGGCGUGGGCAGCUACGCCACCCUCUCGCCCACCAAGCGCUCGCUGCACUCCUCGGACCAGUACAAGAUCUCGCACGAGCUCUACGCCACCGCCACCCUCCAGAGGCCCGGCAGUCUCGCUGGCUCUAGGGGCUCCUACAGCAGUCAGCACAGCCACCUGGGGCCUGACCUUCGACCUCUGCAGUCUCCAGAGCACCACAUCGAGCCCAUCUACGAGGACCGUGUCUACCAGAAGGGCCCGAUGAGGAGCCUCAGUCAGAGCCAGGGGGAGCCACUCCCCCCUGGACACACGGGAACCUAUCGCACCAACACCGCCCCGUCCUCCCCCGGUGUUGACUCCGCCCCCUUGCAGCGCACGGCCAGCCAGAGCGCCACGGGCACGUACCCGCGCAGCGCCAACUACGCCGCCGGCUCCGCCGCCGCCACCUACGGCGACCCCUACCGCACCCUGCAGUACUGCUCGUCCGUGGAGUCGCCCUACAGCAAGUCGGGCCCCGCCCUGCCGCCCGAGGGCUCCCUCGCCCGCUCGCCCUCCAUCGACAGCAUCCAGAAGGACCCCAGGGAGUUUGGCUGGCGAGACCCAGAGCUGCCUGAGGUCAUUCAGAUGCUCCAGCACCAAUUCCCGUCGGUCCAGUCCAACGCUGCAGCCUACCUGCAGCACCUGUGCUUUGGAGACAACAAGAUCAAAGCAGAGAUCCGACGGCUGGGCGGUAUCCAGCUGCUGGUGGACCUACUGGACCACCGAAUGGCCGAGGUCCACCGAAGCGCCUGCGGGGCCCUGAGGAACCUGGUGUACGGCAAGGCCAACGACGACAACAAGAUCGCCUUCAAGAACUGCGGAGGCAUCCCCGCCCUGGUGCGACUGCUGCGCAAGACCUCCGACGUGGAGGUCAAAGAGCUGGUCACAGGCGUGCUGUGGAACCUGUCCUCGUGUGACGCUCUGAAGAUGCCCAUCAUCCAGGACGCGCUGGCGGUCCUGACCAACUCGGUCAUCAUCCCCCACUCAGCCUGGGACGCCUCCCCACACCAGGAGGACCGCAAGCUGCAGCUGCACACCUCACAGGUGCUGCGCAACGCCACCGGCUGCCUGAGGAACGUGAGUUCAGCGGGGGAGGAGGCUCGUCGGCGGAUGCGUGAGUGUGAGGGCCUGACGGACGCGCUGCUCUUCGUCAUCCAGACCUCUCUGGGCAGCACCGAGAUCGACAGCAAGACCAUAGAGAAUUGUGUGUGCAUCUUGAGGAACCUCUCGUAUCGGCUGGCUGCGGAGACCUCUCAGGGACAGCAGAUCGGCACGGACGAGCUGGACGGCCUGCUCUGCGGCGACGCCAACGGCAAGGACGGCGAGAGCUCGGGCUGCUGGGGCAAGAAGAAGAAGAAAAAGAAGCCCCAGGAUCAGUGGGAUGGAGUGGGUCCCAUGCCGGAUGCGGCGGACCCCCCUAAAGGGAUCCAGAUGCUGUGGCACCCCUCCAUAGUGAAGCCCUACCUCACGCUGCUGUCCGAGUGCUCCAACCCAGACACGCUGGAGGGGGCGGCCGGAGCGCUGCAGAACCUGGCGGCGGGCAGCUGGAAGUGGUCCGUGUACAUCCGUGCGGCGGUGAGGAAGGAGAAGGGUCUUCCCAUCCUGGUGGAGCUGCUGCGCAUCGACAACGACCGGGUGGUGUGCGCCGUGGCUACAGCUUUAAGAAACAUGGCCUUAGAUGUGAGAAAUAAAGAAUUAAUUGGCAAGUAUGCCAUGCGGGACCUGGUCCAUCGCUUGCCAGGCAGCACCAGCAACAGCUCCAGCAGUGGUGGUGGGGGCAGUGGGGGCACAGGUGGCAGCAGCGGCGGAGGGGGCACUGCCAACAGCGGCGGGAGUAAAACCAUGUCGGACGACACGGUGACCGCCAUCUGCUGCGCCCUGCACGAAGUCAUCACCAAGAACAUGGAGAACGCCAAGGCGCUGCGCGACGCAGGCGGCAUCGAGAAGCUCAUCGGCAUCGCCCGCAGCAAAGGAGACAAGCACUCUCCUAAGGUGGUGAAGGCUGCAUCACAGGUUCUCAGUAGCAUGUGGCAGUACAGGGAUCUGCGGAGUCUCUACAAAAAGGAUGGCUACUCACAGUAUCAUUUUGUGGGCUCGGCCUCCACCAUCGAGCGGGACAGGCAGCGGCCGUACUCCUCCUCACGCACCCCCUCCGUCUCGCCCGUGCGGACGUCUCCCAACAAUCGAUCGGCCAGUGCCCCCGCCUCGCCCCGGGAGAUGGUGAGCCUCAAGGAGCGCAAGACCGACUACGAGUCCACUGGCACCAACGCCAGUUACCAUGGAAACAAAGGCGAGCACACAUCCAGGAAAGACGCCAUGGCGGUGCAAAUCUCCUGUGGAACUUCCACGCUGUACCAGAACGCCUACACAGCUUCUAAUGAAGAGAUCAAACACAACCAGGUUACCGCUGCGCAACCUGCCCCUCAGGAGAGCGUUGUCCGCAAGGACUACGAGACGCUCCCGCCCUUCCAAAACUCCACGCGGAGCUUCGAGGAGGCGUUCCUGGAGGACCAGGUGCACCGCGCCGCACCUGCCGCGGAUCUCAGUAUGCACCUGGGCCUCAAGUCGACCGGGAACUAUGUGGACUUCUACUCCGCCGCCCGGCCCUAUAGCGAACUCAACUACGAGACGAGUCACUACCCGGCCUCGCCAGACUCCUGGGUCUAGGGUCUUGGGAGGUUGUGCGUGGGUUUUGUGUGUAUGUGUAUGUAGUGUGUUUGUGUGGCCAGGGUCGGGGGAAUGGUUGUUGAGGGUUCGUGGG